AAUUUUGUUGAUGCACCUACUAUAGUGUAUGGAAACAUAAACGUGGGCAAGCUGGGUGGGAUCCCCAACUACCCUUCAACACCUGCUCGCUUCAACUCACAUUUACAACUAUAUUACUACCACACACACACACAGCCUCCUUAUUCCUUCAACAAUGGCGCCUCUCGCUCUCCUCCUCCUCUCCCUCCCCGUCUUCUUCCUCCUCCACAACCUCUACUACCGCCUCCGCUUCCGCCUUCCCCCGGGGCCCCGCCCCUGGCCGAUCGUCGGCAACCUCUACGACGUCAAGCCGCUCCAGUUCCGCUGCUUCGCCGAUUGGGCCCACUCCUACGGUCCCAUCAUAUCCGUCUGGUUCGGCUCCACCCUCAACGUCGUCGUUUCCAGCACCGAGCUCGCCAAGGAGGUUCUCAAGGAGAAGGAUCAGCAGCUCGCCGAUCGCUACCGCAGCCGCACCGCCACCAGGCUCACCAAGUACGGUCAGGACCUGAUUUGGGCCGACUAUGGCCCUCACUACGUCAAGGUGCGGAAGGUCUGCACCGUCGCGCUCUUCUCCGCCAAGAGCCUCGAAUCGUUGAGGCCAAUUAGAGAGGAUGAGGUCUCCGCCAUGGUCGAGUCCAUCUACAAUGACUGCACCGCCCCUGGCAACUCGAGUAAGAGCCUGCUGCUAAGGAAAUAUCUAGGAGCAGUGUCAUUCAACAACAUUACAAGAAUUGCAUUCGGGAAGAGAUAUGUGGAUACUGAAGGGAGAAUACACAAGCAAGGAGAGGAGAUGAGGUCCAUUGCUGACAACAGGUUAAGGCUCGGUGCCUCCCGUGCCAUUGCUGAGCACAUUCCAUGGCUGCGAUGGAUGUUCCCGCUGAACGAAGAGGAGUUUGCUAAACAUGCAGCUCGCAGGGACCGUCUCACACGAGAAAUUAUGGAAGACCACAACAUCGCCCGCCAGAAGAGUGGAGGAGCCAAGCAGCACUUCUGUGAUGCAUUGCUGACACUAAAAGAGAAACAUGAUCUAACUGAUGACACCAUCAUUGGCCUUCUUUGGGACAUGAUCCAUGCUGGAAUGGACACCACUGCGAUAUCUGUGGAAUGGGCCAUGGCAGAGCUGAUCAGGAACCCAAGGGUGCUACAGAAGGUUCAAGAGGAGCUCGACCGUGUCAUUGGGAACGAACGUGUGAUGACAGAACUUGACUUUGCAAAUCUUCCCUACCUGCGGUGUGUGGCCAAGGAAUCACUCAGAUUGCACCCUCCGACCCCGCUCAUGCUUCCUCACCGUGCCAGUACCAAUGUGAAGAUCGGAGGCUACGACAUCCCCAAGGGCUCAACCGUGCAUGUCAACGUGUGGGCAGUUGCACGUGAUCCCGAGGUGUGGAAAAAUCCCCUGGAGUUUCGCCCGGAGAGGUUCCUUGAGGACGACGUUGAUAUAAAAGGACAUGAUUUUAGGCUUCUACCGUUCGGUGCUGGAAGAAGAAUAUGCCCGGGGGCGCAACUCGGCCUCGACAUGGUGACGUCCAUGCUUGGUCGCCUUCUACACCACUUCAAAUGGGCUCCUCCAAGCGGGGUGAGCCCAGAAGCCAUCAACAUUGCAGAGAGACCCGGUGUCGUCACCUUCAUGGGCACUCCAUUGGAGGCAGUUGCUACUCCCAGAUUACCGGCAAACUUGUACGAGCGUGUCGCCGUCGACAUUUGAUUUUAGCUUAUGGCGUUCAACUGUCGGCAUGAGGUUAGCAAGACAGCACAGCACGGGGUUAGUGGUUAAAUUUCGAUUGAAUUUUCAGCUCAAAAGCAAUGAAUAAUGGUAAACGCAUGUGUUUUGAUGGGAUGUAUGUUGUGUAAGGGAAGUUUAUUCAUUCAUCUGAAAUAUAGAUAUGUAGGUUCAUGUUUUUCUCUCUUUUUUGUUUUAUCUGAUCAGAUUUAUGUUCAUUUUGGUGAAUUAUAUAAUUUUGCAGCUUCAUCUAGAAUUAUCAACAA